ACCGUCGAUUCCGUGCCCCUACCCUCCCUCUAUUCCUCUCGCCUUCGUUUCCAUCGAAAUUGACGAUCACGCUGUCCAACUCCCGUUUUACGCUGAUCCCUUCUUCCUUCGCUCGCUGCAUUAUCCAAAUCUUCGCCGCUUUUUUCAUCGUCGGAAGUUGCGAGGCAUAAGAUCACAUCGCGGCGGUGAGGACGGGAACCCUAUCCGGGCGAAACCGAUCGUAGCCGAAGCAUGACGGCGUGGGUUGAUCGUGAGAGCGCCCUGGAAGGGUUCUAGGAUCUCAACUAGAAAUUGAGGCAACUGGAGGAUUGUUUUUAUUUUUUUUCCAGUUGAAAAAAGUUAAACAUCUCGAGGAUCUUCACACCUGGGCAUAUUUUUGGGACAUGCAAAGUGUAUUCUGCUCCUCAGUCCUAGUGUUUCCACUUCAACCGAUCUUCACUUAUGGGAUCAAAUCUUGAGGGAGGACCUUUUGAUAAUAAUGCCUCCCAAGAAGAAGAAGAUACAUUUGCUUUUGUUGCUGAUAGUGUUGUUAAGAGCGGGGAAUAUCAUAUGCCUAAGAAAGCAGUUAGAACACUAUCUCAUUCACUAAGUUCUGAUUCAGGACAAGAUUCAUCUACUGAAAAUGCUGAAAUUAAACAAACAAUUAUAGCAUCAGUUAUGCAUGAUUCAUUUGUUGAAAAUGCUGAACAUAAACAAGCAAUUAAAGCAUCAGUAGUGCAUGAUGCAUCUGAGAAUGUAGUCUUAAAUCCAGAGGCUAUUUUAGAUGCAGUUGAAGAUAGUAGUUUCCUUCAAGAACAAACUAACCCUGCUGGUUGUUGUCUUUUUUCCUUAGACGCCAGUAAAACAUCAGAUUUGCUUGACAGGAGAACAUGCAGUAUUGCUGAUGAGCAGCACAGAAGAAACUGUAACAUGGGAAAUAAUUCUUGCAAUUCUGGAGGUCAAGAUUCCAAUAAUGCAAAUCAUGGUCAUCCUGAGGAAUUAAAGAAGAAAGUCAUGGGAUGCCACUUUGGUUUAACAGACAAUUCUCACAUAAAAAAUGAUGAGGAGAAUAUUCAUAAAGAGGCUAUUGAUGACUGUAAUAAUAGUGGGCCUGAAGAGGGUGAGACUAACUGUAAAGGAAAUACAACAAUUUUGAUGAAGAGUAGUACCACAUAUUGUUCCAAAGAUGCUAACUCGUGUCACAAUACUGAUGGCAUAAAAGACCCAAUUUCAAGUAGUAAUAUGUCUUCGAAAUUCCAAUUUUCUUGUUCAGGUUCACAGAACAAAGAUCUGUCUCAGUGUGCCAUGGAUGAUGGAAAUUCUCCAAUAAUGGUCAAACUAUUUUUUGCCAAUGAUGAUGGGAAAAAGGAUAUUUCCGAUGGUAAAGUCAGCAAUGAAGAUAGUGUAAAGAGUCAGCCUCAGUUGGUUUCAUCAGAAGGCAUUGACAAAUGUUUGGGAACUGAAAAUGGUGGCAAUGGAUUCAAGCCGCAGGAGGAAGUAAAGUCAAGAGGUUGUAAUGAACAAUCUGAUACAUCUAAAUCAAAGCGUCAGAUGUCUCAGGGACUUUUACAGCCUGAUGUUGAAGGUGAAGAUUCAGAAGAAACUGAAGAAGAUGUAAAAGUAUGUGAUAUAUGUGGAGAUGAAGGUCAGGAAGAGUUGCUUGCUAUCUGUAGUAGGUGCAGUGAUGGAGCUGAGCAUAUUUACUGCAUGAGAAUAAUGUUGGCUAAAGUUCCUGAAGGUGAGUGGUUAUGUGAAGAAUGCCAAUUGAAAGAGACUGCAGAUAAAGUAACAGGAAAAUCUAAAGCACAAAUUAGUAGAAUAGAAUCACCACCUCCUGAGGAAAGUAAUCAGAACAAUGAAUUUAGUAUGGAAAAUAAGGCAAUUGAUCCAGACAUCAGAAGAGAUAAUGAAGAACUAGCUAAUUUACUUCCGUCUAAAAGGAAGAGAGAGACUAUGAAGGUUGAUUCUGUUUUUAAGGAGAAAGUCAAUGAAGCAGAUGGUGCCUCUACUGGUACAAAUAUUCCAAGCAAACCUUCCCAGCUCUCACAUGAAAAUUGCAAAAAAGCUGCUAGUGAUAUACUAAAACUUUUUCCCACUACAUGUGAGAAGUUGGAAGGUAUAUCCCAUCGAGAUUCUGAUGCACAAUCUUUUAAUCCUGAGUCAUCUAAGAUACAAACACCUUAUGAACAAAUGCAUGGGACUCUAUCAAAAUCAAUUUCAUUUAACAAUUCAAAAGUUCCGAAAGUAAAACAGUUGCUGAAUAAUGUUCCUUGGAAGCAAAAUUUUGCUAAGGAAUCUAAUUUAACCAACAAAAGAAGCAAAGGACCUAGCCGAGGAAUCACAAAAUCUGCAUCAUUCAGAACCGAGAGUUGUGUCAGAACAUUAAGCAAAACUCAUGCACUUAGCACGUCACACCCUGAGAAUUCUAGAGGUGUCAAACAAGUGGAAUGUGGGACCAUGCUAGGUACGAGAAAUUCUGAUUAUCAAUUUGCCAGUCAGGCGGUAUCUGCUAAGUCCAAUUUGAAGAUUCAAAGCUGUGAUGCCGAACUAAAAAGGAUAUCUGAUUCAAGAAAUCUAGCCGGCAGCAAAGGAUCAAAUGAUGCAACUGGUAUAGCUAAUGAAGGGAAGAAGCAGCCAUCAGCAAAUCCAUCACGAACUUCUGGAGGUACAUCUGUAGUUAGAUUCUAUAAGAAUGAAGAACAAAGGCCUUUUCUACCUCCUCCCAAGUUUGCAAUGCUUAGGCACAGGGAUGAUAAAACCAAAGACCAAACCUAUAUAAACUCUAAACUGGCAGCUUCAAUCCCCAACCGAUGCCACAAGUGUAAUGAAACAGGUCAUCCAACACAGUUCUGCCCAGUUGACAAACUUCGCACAACUGCUAUGACACCUCCUUCUGACCAAAGUUUAAGAGCUAUGGAUAACAGAACUAUUAGGCAGAAAAAUGCAUUUGAGAUCUCGAGUUGGAAAUUGGGAACAAAAAGAAAAUCACCUGAACAGUUUGAGGAAGUUCUUUUGGGUCUUGCUGAUGUGAAUUCUGAAGAAACAACUAAAACUUUUGCUGCAGUUCCUAGAAAUAUGCCUUCUGUUGAAAGUACAAUGGAUGUUCAAGACCAUAAGAAAUCUGGGGUUGUUCCUCGAAGUGAGACAGAUCUUGACAUUGUAAAUGACCUAGCUGCGAUGCCUGUCAUACAAAACAUGUCUGAUCAAGCUUCCAUUGAGAUUGGUCUAAUGAGAGCUUCAGUAAUUCCAGAGAUAAACUAUAUCUGGCAGGGUGCUUUUGAGGUGUCGACGAGUACCAGGUCUCUGACAGUUUUGGAUGGUUUCCAAGCUCACUUGUCAUCUUAUGUCUCCCCCAUUGCACUUGAAGUGGCAGGACAAUUACCUUGUAAAGUUCAACUGGAGGAAGUACCACGUUUAAGCUCAUGGCCUCUGCAGUUUUGCGAGAACAACCCUAAAGAAGAUAACAUUGCUCUCUUUUUCUUUGCUAAAAAUAUUGACAGUUAUGAAAAUUACUAUUGGAAGCUGAUGGAUAACAUACUUAAGAACGAUCUAGCUCUCAUAGGUGUUGUUGGCGCUGUGGAACUUCUUAUAUUCCCUUCAAAUUUAUUACCAGAGAACUCCCAACGUUGGAACAAUUUGUUUUAUCUUUGGGGUCUAUUUAGAGGAAGACAGGAAAAUAGCUUGGGAGAUCUGUCUGGUCUGAAUGAAAGGUCUCCUGUUAAUAGUUUGAACAUGAAAUCAGCCAGAAAAGAUUUAUCUAUGCAAACUGGUACUGAAGUUUGUAGCGCUGUUGAAAUAUCUGAUGACACAAGUCCCAAAGUGACAAGGUCUGAUAAAUUGCUAAAGGAAAAUUCAUCCAAAUAUAGUUCCUGCAUUGAUCUUCAGGCUAUUCCGAUAUCAGGAAAUGAGAAUGAGGAGCAGCCUCUUGUCGAGGAUAUCGUGCACAAGAAUGUUCCCGAUGAUGAAGAGCAAACAAAACAGAUUUUAUGGUCUCAUCCUGCAGCCUGCUCAUUUAGAAACAGGAGCCAUGACACUUCUGUCUGUGUUCUUCGUCCAGAAUCAAAAUUUCAGAUAGAUAUUGAACAAAUGGCCUCAGAAAUGGAAAAAGAUAUCCAUAGCUCGGACAAAUUCACUAGUGAUUCAGAUUGCAGAAAAGAUACUGAACACCACCUUGUUCAUGCUUGCGGUACAGGGGUCAGUAGUUGUGAAGAAUCCCCUAAUGCAGUUUCAUUAAGCUUUGGGCAAGGGAAUGAUAGAAAUGACCUAAUAGCAGACCAUCCUAGCUGGAAAUCGAAGCCUAAUUUGGAAUGUGCACAUCCCAGCUCGUUGGAAACUGCAACAAAAUUUUCCAACCAUUCGUUGCAAACCACUGGUGAUGCAACGUUGUGUGCUGAUGAUUCAAGCUGCAAAUCUGAGUGAUGAAAAAAAAACACAAAAGGAUGAGGCCUGAAAAGGGUAGGGAUAACGCUUGUAGAUUUACAGAAGAAACUUCAUGCACAUGUUUGAAAAUACAUCGUGUCCAUCUAGCUCAAUGGAUAAUAGUCCGUUGUCUGAGGCACUGUCAGAGAGCUCAAAAAAAGCUGAAACAAACUUCUCUGUCAAUAUAGGAUCUACAAGUACAAAGACAGAUAAUUUAGUAUAUGUAGUAUCAUCAGAUGAUGAUGAUGUACUUGAAUCUAAUACCCCUGAUCUUAAUCUAGCUUUGGGAGAGGAGCAAUUGAGAUAUGUUUCCUGCUAAAGAAGAGGAUUGAACGGAAACACCAGCAUCCCUUUCUCUCUCACUAACUGUUGCUGUAUCUGACAAGGUUCCUAAACCAAAUUCAGAAACUGAGCCGCUUUUGCUUGAUAAGCCUUGUAAUGCCACCUCUCUUUGAGGCUAUAAAAAGCACAUAAGCUUUAAUUCUGAGCAUAUAGAGCCUGUAAUCGCCAUCAGUAAUUGUGGCUAGAAUACAGUUUCUUCCUCAGAAAGAAGAUAACAGACCAUUCUAAGGCCCUUGGCCAACUACUCGCAUUAUCUGUAAGUUAUCUUGGUCGCCCUUCUGUUUAUUCUCACUCCAUUUUGCAAAAGAAAUUUUUUAACUGUGUGCUAGUGCAUUUUAGGUUAAAUUCUCAAUGAGUUACUGCAAAUAUCGUAAUGGAAAUAUCUUGUUCUGAUUACUUGUAGAUUUGGUUUCAAGUUCAUACUUAGAGGAGAUCCAUGUGGUAUCGUAGGAUUUUUUUUUUUUUUUGAAUGUGUUGUACGUUGAUGCUACAAUUUUAUGUUCUUGUAGAAUUUCCCCCAUAAUAAAAUUUGUUUUUUCUUU